UGUGCUCAAGAAGAUCGCUUUAGUGAAGAUGAUUAAAUUUACUGUGAUAUUGUUCAUUUCCGAGAUAUUAGUUUAUUCAGGUACCGAUGGAGGAGGUGUGUUCCAUUACGGUCCAGAUGAACGUACUAUUUACGGAUGGCAGGUAAAUUUGUCAGAGAAUGGGACCGUGAAGAGGACUUGCAACGGACUGUUUAUUGGACCACAAGUAUUUCUUACUUAUGCUAGAUGUGUUGAGAACCUUCAAGCUAAUGAAUCCAUCUCUAUUGUCAAUACUAUAUAUGACACUCCAUCUCUAAGAACGGAUCUCACAGUCAAACAUGAGAAUAUAUACUUCGGUGAAUAUGUCAACAAAAUUUACAGUCCAACUACUCGACAAUUUACAUUAUUAAUAACUGAUCAACGAGUCCUUCCUAAAUCUAAAUAUAUGGCAAACACAUUUGUGAAGUUGGCUGCAGAGCCUUAUAAUGUCGAUUAUAAAAAAUGUUUCGUACAUAAAUUAGCUCCUCCAAUAAUUUCAGAAGUACAAUGCGUAUUCUCAAAUACCACUAAUAUCAAUGAUGGGCUAUUAGACUGCUAUUGUGAUGAGCAUUAUCAUAUAUAUGAAGAAACUAGUUUGUUUUGCCACUACAGAAAAACAACUGGAGGGAUGGUUCUUGCCGGUUAUGUAAUAAGUAGAGAUGCAGGCCACAUGACAGUUGUAAAUUUGUCCGGAUUAAACAUUACGUUAAUGUACAACGAGUGGGAUUAAUGUAUGAGUACUGAUCACCA